UGCUGGGAGAGUGGGUCUUCGCUCUUCUCCAAUGUGUGGGGCUGCUAGAGAGCCGGCCUCGCUGCAAAACCGAAGUCGCCGAGUGAUGAUGUUGUGAAGUCGCCCGCCCGUCCCUGCCACGCCCGGGCGGUUACUGGCAGCGGCGGCCGCUUCGGCUGCAGCUCUCAGGCUGAUACCGCUUUAGAUCCUAUUCCCUGAGGGAGCGCUGGCGGAGGACGGAGGACGUCGAGCCAUGCCAGUCAUGACUCUCCAGGGUAUGAUAAUCACAUGAGAGCACUCAUUGCUGCAGAUGUCAUUUGACUCAUCAGAAAAAAGCUGUUUAAAAGAAAAUAUCUGUACAACCAGAUCCAUUUUGUUAUUGAAUGGCUUAAUGGAUUUCCUUUACUCUGAUUCAUACCAAAGCUGUCCUUGUCAACCAAAGCAAGAAAGGAUCCUGCAUGAGUCAAUCACAGAAUGCCAUUUUUACAUCACCAAUAGGUGAAGAAAACCUCAUGAAUAUCAAUCACAGAGACUCAGAGAGUAUCACUGAUGUCUGCUCCAAUGAGGAUCUCCCUGAAGUUGAGCUGGUGAGUCUGCUGGAAGAACAGCUACCCCAGUAUAAGCUAAGAGUAGACUCUCUCUUUCUAUAUGAAAAUCAAGACUGGACUCAGUCCCCACACCAGCAGCAGCAUGCGUCUGAUGCCCUCUCUCCAGUCCUUGCUGAAGAGACUUUCCAUUAUAUGAUUCUAGGCACAGACAGGGUGGAGCAGAUGACCAAAACUUACAAUGAUAUCGACAUGGUUACACACCUCCUGGCAGAGAGAGAUCGUGAUCUGGAGCUAGCUGCUCGAAUUGGACAAGCUCUCUUAAAACGGAACCAUGUCUUGUCUGAGCAGAAUGAAGCCCUGGAGGAGCAACUGGGACAAGCCUUUGAUCAAGUUAAUCAACUGCAGCAUGAGCUGUCCAAGAAAGAUGAAUUACUUCGAAUUGUCUCUAUUGCUUCUGAAGAGAGUGAAACUGACUCCAGUUGUUCUACACCUCUCCGGUUCAAUGAGUCCUUUAGCUUAUCUCAAGGUUUGCUGCAGUUGGACAUGCUGCAAGAAAAACUCAAGGAACUGGAAGAGGAGAAUAUGGCUCUUCGAUCCAAGGCUUGUCACAUAAAGACAGAAACUAUUACCUAUGAAGAGAAGGAACAACAGCUUGUCAAUGACUGUGUUAAAGAACUUC